GGAAGCAGAUAAAUUGAAAGAAUACCUGAUGCUGUAAAUUUUGUCUUGCUACCUUUGCCGGUCGAUGUUGACACAAGAUGAAUUACUGUGUGGCAUGUGUUAUUUUGGUUUAUUUUCUCCUAAUAUUAGUGCGCUCGGUGCAGGGGCAUGCACGUUUUGUUUGUCCUCGGCCCCAAAGUCCGCGAACUGACAUUUAUGAACAGUGGCCUACGAAGGAGUUAGACGGACCAUGUGGACUCGGCAACGAUGUCAAUUUUGAUGCAGAAUAUAUGGAGGUGGAACCUGGACCCUUCACAGUCGUCUUUGAAGAAACAGUGUUCACUAAAGAUUCACCUUUCCGCAUCAGCUUACAUGAGUUUGUAAAGAAGAACACUAGUUUGGAAGCUGGACAGUCUUGUGUACUUCUGGAUCAGAUACCCCACAACAACAAAGCUACUGUCACAGACCACUGCAAGGCAAAUGACUACCCAGUUGGCCAUUGUGACAGAAGCAAGUACUCCAUCACCGUCAAGAUUCCUGACAUUCAGUGCGAGACAUGCUUCCUGCGACUCGCAUUCACAGUUAUAGAUAAAGAGCAUGAUCAGUGUGGUGAGGAGAACAGCACCUGCAAGAUAUACUACAGCUGUGCGAACAUCAAGAUAAGACCAACUCCAGUGGGCCAGAGUCGUGAUUUGUCUUCUUGUAGCAACUACCUGGACAACCUGUUAGGCCCAUGGCCAUACACUCCCCAGCAGAUCUUCAAGACGAGCAAACAAAAUGACACAAAUGAACCCUUGGUAUUCGGGCAGUUUGACCCCUAUAAGAAAGAACUGAAUCUUGAUGUACCUUUACAGACAGAUGACAGAGACUCGGUACAGAGGAUUGAUAUCGUCUUUGUGGAGGAACAGGGGAAUGUCACGGAGCUGGUUUCCUACAACAUCACACAGGCAAAUUAUGUCGACAAUAAUGUUGCUGUGGUGUGGUCAGACAUGUCGUCUGAAAAUGUUGCCAGAUUAGAGGGUGCUGGUUUAACAGUGGUGGUAACAUUCAAACAAGGACAACGGAAUGGCACUCUCAAGCUAUCUAAAGAGUACAACAAGUUGAGACACUAUAAUCUGUUGUUCAGUUCGUACACCACUGAGGGUUGGCUGGCUGGACGCGGGUUUUUGGGUCCCUCCACCAAGUACCCCAAUUAUGUGGAGCCGGCAGGCCCAUGUGUACAGCUGCCUCACAACUAUGUGGCCUUCCUACAUCUUCAUGAGCUACAACAAGAAUUCCAUGGUGUGGUCGCUGUGUCGUUUCUUGACCAUCGAGCUUACAUCACAGCCGCCAUUCAUGGCCUAGACAAAGCCAUCGAGUCAGUGCAUCUUCUAGGACCUGAACUCGGGGGUUCUCCUUCCUUCUUCGUUGCAAAACAAGAUGGUGAUUCUCCAUUCAUCCACACCAUAGUUAAUGUCACAUCUCAGAUGCCGUAUAUCGGAUCAGUGAGAUUCCUGAAGACAGUAGUGCUACGUACCUUGGACAUGCUAAUAGACGGCAACCUACAACAGGCCAUGCAUUGUAUUCUCAAGAUGAACAACAAAGUCUAUGGUGUUGGAGGAUUUCAGUUCACUAAAGGAAGAUGGUUGACAUAUGAAAUAUUGUUGAAAAACAUUCACACCAACAUCUCAUCUGUGACGUUAGAUGGCCCCGCUUCAUGGGGGGUGAGUGGUGCCACCAUGUACAGCCUCACAGACAACGUCAUCAACUACAAGACAGGGGACUUCCUCGUGAAAGGCAUGCUAAAGGAUCUGAGCAGUGAGUUCCUCCUGGCGCUCUGGAAGGGAUGGGUCAGUGUGAAGGUGAAAACCCUGGACAAGACAACUGAUGAUAACAUCAUCGAGGGCAGGCUGAGCUCCCCGGGGAUCUGGUACUGUACGCAGCUUGAGGGAGCACCAUGUCCGUUGGUGAACAUGCUGCCUAUCGACACAGUGUUUGUGGAUGAGGGUGCAGAGAUAGUCCCCGCCAUGGGGCUUGGGGCGUUUGUCCUGGACAGGGUGGACGUCCUACAGUACAGUAUCCUGGUGGAGAACAUCCCCAGGAAAGCUGAGGGUUCGGUGACUGCGAACCUCACCAUCCUGACAACGAACAUUUCCAUCACCUUGGAGCUGCAUCCUUCAUUAGACAGGGACAAGGCAUACAAGGCUCAUGGUAAGGUUCCGGAGUCCACCCAGGCCAUGAUCCAGGCCCUGGCAUCAGGUCUCCUCAAGCUUGUCAUUCACAGCCCUGUCAUCGGGAAGAAGCCCUUCAAUGUUAGUCUGCCCACCAUCACAAGGGAUCUGUGCACAAGCCCCAAGGACUUCUUCAUUGGUGAAAGUGACCACUUCUGGUCUGUCGGGGACAAAGAUUUGCCCAGCGUGUAUGCUCUUGUCGGAGACAGACUCAUCUUCAAAUACGCCUCCAACCACUCCGUCUACCUCAUGGCAUCCAAAGCCGCCUACAGCAGCUGCAACUUCAGCGAUGCCACGAUGCUGGAGGGGCCGGCUGAGAACACAACGCAUCACCUGCACCCGCUCAGGAAGGCUGGCCGAUUGUACUUUGCAUCUCAGCUGGACUGUAAUGCCACGCCCCCAGUGAAGGUCAUGGUCACUGUGGUACAAGGAGUGGCCCCACAAACGGCAGAUCUGGAUGACUGUGGAGUUUCACUGUACGACAUUUGGAGGAAACAAAAGCUGUCAAAGUUCGUACCACCCAACCCCAUUGGCUCAGCCUUCGGGGGCAUCAUUGUAGGGUUGAUUCUGCUGGGACUGUUCGUGAUGUGGGAUCGGAGAGUCAACCAGAAGAAGAGUGGGAACUUAGCACUGUUUGAACGAUUCUAGCGCAGAACAGUACUGUACUGCAGCGUAGUGCAUCUCAACAUCGGGUUAGGAAUAACAGCAUUACUCUUGUACUCAGAUAAAUUUGGUUCAGCUCAGUAACCUAGUCAACUAUUGGUAUUUCUCACCACUGGAAUUGUCAAAUAGAGCCUAAAGAUGCUGUGGUUCAAAUGAAUUGACAUACCAAAUAUUUUGGUUUGUACAGUUUAAUUUUAUGAAAUGAUUUGAAAAUGUUCACCUCACCCUAUCAAUCAACUUUAUGUUACAAACAAGAGUAUUAAUGGAAUGUAUUUAGCAAGUAUAUUUUAAUCACUCAACUAUGUAAGACAUCUGCAUGAGACCAAGUCAACUGACAGUCAACUGGGUUGAUCUGGGAUACAGACGGAAUCAUCCACAGUGUUAUAUGCUUAGCAAAUUUGACUCCAGAAAGGUACAUUACACAUUUCCUGACACCAAGAUAGCUCCAAAUUCUUCCCAUCCACCAAAAACAGUGAGUCUGAACAUAUUUAUUUUCAAUUUAUUCACCACCACAUAUUUUCUGAGCUUCCAACUUUUUUAUUGAGACAUGAGAACCACAUCAGAAGUAAACAGUUGGAUCUCGCCACCGAUUUAAAGAGACCAGCACGUGUACUUAGGAUCUCAUCCCAGGCGGAAGCAGCCAUCUGCUUCAGUAGUGUUCAAUUCAUACAAACAUUCAACUUAAGCAAAUCUGAAUUUGCUAGCAGAACCAUUGUUACCCUAUCACAAAAACAGUUUAAGAAACUCACCUAGAAAACACAUCUAGAACCCGUCCAAUCCGAACCUGAUCUAGUUUCCAUGGUGACACGACUCUAUUGCUAAGCUGUGGGAUUAUGUAAGACUGUCUCUUAGGGCUGUUAUGAUUCACUGAUGUAUUGAUGAAUCGCAAAUGUUAAUGACAAUGUGAUACACAUAUUGAUUCAUAUUUUGAUCCUGUAUCAAUUUUGAAAAUUAAGUUUCAGAUGGAUAACUCCUCCUCCUCCUUAUUUGCUAAAUCUGAUUGGAUGAUACAAAUAAUAUUCGCCUAAAUUAACUAGUCAUGCGAGUUAAAUAUGCACUCUUUGAUUGGAACAAAUUCUUAUUAGGCAUAGCCACAUGAACAUAAAAUCAAAUGUGAAAUUUAUGUAUCAUGAUACAUACUUUUGUGGCUCAUGUAUCACAAUAAGUAUUGAUACAAAUAGGUAGAAGUAUCAUGACAGCCCUACUGUAUCAAGUCAGACUGGUCUUCAAAUACUUUAUUUAUUAUUCACAUCACGCUGUAUUUGAGCGGAAGUCAACAGGAAACUCUUGAACAGUUUACAAGAGAAACGUAAGGCUAAACAGCCUGUGUGACCAAUGAAGCUUUAAUGUCAAGCUCGAUUGAUCCACUAAACCAACUUGUUCUUGCACCAAGGAUGUCCUGCUAAGGGUGUUGUUGACAUAGACACAUACCAAGUGCUUCUUUGGGUCACAGCACUGUUGUCAACCAUUAGAGAUACUGUGAACCCAGUGGUUAACCCUAUAACCCUCUACAGCCAUAGUACUAUGUCAGAAGUUGACCAGGUGUUCAUCUUGUAAUAUGAGUCCUGUGAACAAGUACAGUGUUUUCCUUAUCAAGCACUUGUUGAUGUUGCCUUCAAUUGCAUUUAUAUAUUUGUUUCAUUCCACUGAUUUUAGAGAGUAUUUUUACAAUUGGGACCAGACUUUUAGAUAUUUUACAUUUGCAGAAUUUUUUGUUUUCUUUAUGAUAAAACCACAGUGAUUUGCUUCCAUCUUUUGAUUUCUUGUCUUCGCAUAUCACAACUAGUACUUAAUGCCAUUGUAUACCUAUGGCAGAAUACAAUAUGGUGAAGUCAACCCAUCUUUUUUGUCAACUGCCAAAUAUGUGAAAAAUGUCACUUUUUCUGCUCUGAAAAUGUGUUUUUCAAAUACCAUAAAAAUUACCUGUUGAGAACAGGUUCAGCUCAAAUGGUCAUUUACCCGUGGUGUUCAUUUGAACAUGUAAUGUAAUGCCUGUGGUCUAUUAUGUUUGAACAUCGUUCAAAAUCAAACAUUUUGUAUGUUGUUAUUAAUUGGUACUUUGGGAUUAAGUUUGGUUGUUUGAGAUUUGGGGGGUAAAACAAGGGCUCACUUAAGGUGUUGACACCCCUGCAAGGUCCCUGUAUGUACUGUGAAACCAGUGAUAAUCAAAUCCCUAUAACCCUCAACAACCAUAGUGCUGUGUGAGCAGUAAGAAUACAGUGUAUAGUUUCCAGGUGUUUGUCUGGUAAUACGAGUCCACUGGUGCAUAUUACUGGGCCCGGUUCCAUAGUGCGAUCUUAGUGCUACGACUAUCAUAAGCAUAUGUUAAAGUAUGGGAGUUCUGAUCAUCUUUACUUUGAGGAAGGGGCCCAGUGAUACGACAGAAAAAGAUGGUGAGGGAUAAAAAGUUUACUAUUUUAUGUUUUUGCCUCACAGUUUAGUAUUGUACACACCACAGUCAUGUACAGAUUCUGUUGAUAAUGUUGUAGUUACCAUGGCUACCACAAGUAUGAAGCUGACAUCACCACAUUUCAUGGUUGAAGACCAUGGUGAUCAUUGUUGUUCAUCAGUUUAAUGUGUGUAAACUAUUCUGUUAUUUGGCCUAAAAUUCAUUGGAGGUGGUCGGAAUGACAAUUUAACAUUUUAUCAUCUUCUACUGCUGCUGUUAAACGUAUGAAAAACAAAUACCGGUAAGUUUUACCAUGGUUAAAUACCGAUAGAUAUUAUAUGGCUUUUAACCCGACUCAACUCCUACAGAUAUUCUUCAAGAAGCUCCAAUAAGCAGAACACAGCAUUCCUUCCAAGUAUUAUUUCCUUGUUUAUUUUAUCAAGCUGUAAAGUGUGGAUAAGCGUUUAAUAUAGACUGGACCAUGAUCCUGUAGACUUCCUAUUUACCUUGAAUCAAAGCACCUUCAAAGUGUUCGUGUUAAAACGGGACAUUUAUGUCUAGUCAUGUGGUAGAUAAAUCUAAGCACUUCUGUCCCAUGAUUUGCCCAUGAGUGUCUGAAUGUUAGAUUAUAGGUUGACGUUAUGAAUCAUAUCUUCCUUGUUUCAGAACUUAGCCAAUGAAGUUGACGUUGAGAUAUUCCUCAUAUUUGAUAUAGUUAUCAGGCUUUACUGCUGCAGUGUAGUUACUAUGCAAAUAGUAUUUACAGGUGAAUGUAAAAGACUGGAUGCAUGAUGAAUAUAUAACCGAAGUGAAUCUCUUACAAUAGCUGUCUGUUUAUUUUCGAUAAAUCCGUCCAAUAAAUUUCCAUCAUUAUAUAAAGUCAUUGCUCAAAUGCUCAACUGCUAAUGAACAAAAACAGAGCAACUCAAAACUUGUCAUAUGACUAGAAAGAGAUUCCAUGAGUGUAUAUAGUCAGCCUAAGACAAAGUCGGGAGGUUCAUAAACAUGAUGUUUUGUUUAUAUGUAUUGCAAUACGCUAAUUCAGAAUAAAAUUGCGUGAAUAUAUUAUGAUUUUGAUAAACUGGAUAACAGGAUGAUUUUUCUACCUAAAACAUUUUUAUUGGCAUUUUAUUUGUGUUAAUUCAGAACAAAACCAAUACAUCAGUAUAUCAUGUAUGAUAUUGUUGAGUUUAAUAUUACUAUGUGCAGGUGUGUAGAGCCCAAGUGUAUAGAGAGGCGGAUCCAGGAUUUUUCAGAGGUGGGACAUUAUCAGAGGGGUGGGUCAAAGCCCAUGAAACCCACUCUUGAUCUGCCAUAGAUCACAAGUUACAAGGAGAUAUCCAGACAACUGAGUUGUGGAAAUUAUCUCAUGAGAUUGAUAGGGAUACUUUGAUGAGAUAUAUAUACACUUUGGAAAUGUUGAAACAAUGUGGAAGACGUGAAAGAAAGGUUUAGUUGGGGAAAAGUGAGAGGUCUGUGGAUAUCAAAGACAGGUAUCAGAUUUAUAUCUUGGUUUCCAGAUAAGAACAAUAUUUACUAAUGUUCCCAACUUUGAGUUUUUAAAUAUAAAAAUAACUUGAAAUAAUUGUUCAUUUUUAAACCUUUCAGGUCUCAAAUAAGAAUUCAUUUUUCCCCCAUAAUUAUAUUCCUGAUCUAUUUCGGGGGAAAUAUUUGUAAAUAAAAAAUAAAUAAAUAUGAGUCUCAUUGUAAACAGCUCAUGUUUAUCCUGAUCUUUGUGUUAUUAACAUACAUGCACAGUAAAGGCUGGCCAUGUUGAUUGAAUGUCAUGUUAGUUGGUGUCUGUAAUCUCUUGUAGUGUGCCAUUUGUGCCUAGAUCUGUCUGUGAUACUUUGGUAAGUUGUGUACAUUGUUGUCACAGAGAUGAUGUGUUAUAAUGGUGAUAUAUACACAUGUAUAUUAUAUAACCUACAUUAGAUCUGUAUCACAUAGCUGUAUCAUACUCAUGCACUCCUUUACUCUAUUAUGAACAUCAUCUCUGAAGACUGUUUAUCUAGGUUUCGGAAAGUAGGUUUUGCUGUUUUGAACAUUAAAGAUUGUCUGACCCAGUUUAUCUAAGAAAUUCAAAGGUUAUUACUGAACAUCAACUUUUCUUUGUGGUUGAUCUCAAAUCAACCCUGACAAUAUUCUUUAUGAAGUUUGUUCCUAUUUCUUAUCAUAAUGACCUAGAAAAUUUAGGAAAAGAAAUUCUAGAAAGAUUUGGCCUUUUUCAGACUAGUAAGAUAAGACUUAUAGUUGGUGUUGAAAUUACCUUCAGUGCUUCUUUUGGACUUGUUGGCACUGUCACUGUGUUGAUGUACCAGUAAUAUACUUAUAGUUGGUGUUGAAAUUACCUUCAGUGCUUCUUUUGGACUUGUUGGCACUGUCACUGUGUUGAUGUACCAGUAAUAUACUUUAAAGUUGAGACACAUAGGCCCCCUGCGCUAUUGCUUGUCCUAAGAUGGGGCAUGUGGGAGGAUGGUAGUACACGGGUUAUCAUGUUCCUGGCGAAAUGGGAUGUUGUUUAUAAUAUCAACUACUGGUUUGUCUGGUCCAGACAUGAUUAUUUGCAGGUCAUUGUAAAAACACGGGAAUAGGAGUGCAGAGUGAGAAAACAUUCACUCACUCACUCACACAGACACUCUUUGUUCAGUCAAAAUCGUGUUGUUUGCCCACAUACUGUCGGAAAAAAACGUAAGAGGCAACUAAUGGGAUUGGGUGGUCAGGCUCGCUUACUUGGUUGAUGCAUGUCAUCGAUCCCAAUUGCGCGGUUCGAUGCUCAUCGCUGGAUUGUCCUGUCCAGACCUGAUUAUUUACAGACUGUCGUCAUAUAGCUGGAAUAUUGCUGAGUGCGGCUUUUAACAACAAACAGAAACAUAUUCAAAAUAUUUCAUGAAUAUCUUUGUUCAGAAAAAUCACACAUCAGUACUGAAUAACAUUUAACACAAGGUUUAAUGUGUCCUAGGUCACAUGAUGAUUCAAGGGGAUUUAGUAUUGAGAUAGCUUUCAGUGUAGAAUUACUGGCAUUAUUCAGCAUGAUGACAGGCCUAUAUGUUCUUGAAGUCUAAGAUUCUGCAGUUUGGGAGGAUGCUAAGCAAGUGAGGUGUGUGAUAUAAUUACGAACUUGACGUUUUCUGCAUGAAUACCCACGUCUCUUCAAGAAAGGUGGGGGUUUUUCAAUUAAAAUGAACGGAAAGGUAAAUGAUAAGCAGUACCAUAUUUGCCAUUGAAAGCACCCUGGGCAUUAUUAAAAUGAUACACAAGUUAAGUUCUUUUCAGAGAUCGAGCAGUAGUGAACAAACUUCCUUCAAACGUCUAUAAAACUAAAACGUCACUUGGUUAUUAUACCCCUUCUACUCUGCAAUUUUCUUUCAACAAUGUGUAAUAAACUAAAGUUAAUAUGGAUUGUUGUGUAAAUUUUCAGAAACAGAACAAAGAUUAAUCAGAGAUUUAUGUAGAAGUUAGUCGGGGGAGCUUAUAGGAGCAGGGCUUAAAACAGCAAAUACAGAUUUAUGUUUAAGUUAGUUAGGGGAGCUUAUAGGAGCAGGGCUUCAAACAGCAAAAAUGAUUUAUAUAGAAGUUAGUCGGGGGAGCUUAUAGGAGCA